AUGACUAAUCCAUUCUCCAAACUCACAGCAGACUUGAUGUCUGGUGUCAAUGAUGAUGCCAGCAAGCCCAUCACUGACUUCAUCAAGACGGCCAAAGCCAAAAGCGAAAAGAGACGAAAGGGCUUUUCCAAGUCACCCACAAGGCCAAGCAGGUCUUCUCGCAAUCACAUUCAGCACCAUCAUCAUCACUCAUCCAAGAAGAGAUCCAAAUCACCACGACGAUCUCCUGACAAGCACUCCCCCAAGAAGACCUCUACUGACCAUUCGCACAAAAGGAGCUCUACUCACGAUGAUUUAGUUCGUCUUUUCAGCGACAAAGGAAGAGAAAUCUCAACCGAUGAGGAGCUCAAUAAGAAGACGUCUUCCGCCAACGAUCUUCAGAAACUAGCGCAGAAGAGAUCGCGUAGCAAAGACUUGGGCGGAAACUUGAGGGACUCUGAAGUUGAUAAACUCUAUUCCAUGGUCAAGGAACUCAAGGGAUCUUCCGAAGGAAAAGUGCUCAUUGACGAGUUUGUGAACUUUCAAAUGGGUCAGACUUCCAUCAAGCCCAGAAUUAUCUUGGAUGACGAUUCCAAGCUGCUAGAUGGGGACAGUUCCGAGUUUGACCCCCCUUCCGAAAUCUUUGUCACAGAAAACGAAGGAAGCACUACAUGUAUUGCUGACUGUUGA